UCCUCUCAGUUAAUUUUCACGAUUAUAAUAGCCCACAACCUAUAUUGUGAAAUGCAAUCCCGUGCCAGUAUAUUGUGUUUGUGGUAAUAUGUAUUAGGCAUACAUUUAGUGCAGUGUUUUGAAGUUGAAUUUAACAAGGAACAAUGAUAAUUAUGAGGCCAGAACUGCGGCUGAUAAAGUAAACACAAUGAGGAUGAAAAAAAUUCUUACGGAGCCUUCAACAUCGGGAACAACAGCCGGAAACAGAACUGAUUUAGAUAGUUUCCAGAGUAACGUAAUAUCGCUGUAUGGAUGGAGGAAAAAAUGUUUAUAUAUGCUAAUGUUAGUUAUAAUAUUAUUAGUGGGAAUCAAUUUGGGACUAACACUGUGGUUUAUGAAAGUAAUGCAGUUUUCUUCCGUUGGAAUGGGCCAGCUGAAAAUAGUGUCCGGCGGCUUAAAAUUGGACGGAAAGGCGUACAUAUUGGGUAAUCUAAUUGUAUCGUCGAUACGAUCAAGAACGGGACAGCCCAUCGUGUUUGAAUCGACGAGGAACUUCACGUUGCGGGCCAGGAAUGAGAAGGGCAAGUCCAGCAGUUGGAUUAAAUUAGCAGACGAUCAGUUUGAGUGCAUGUCAAACCUGUUCAAGAUCACUGAUGACAGGAACCAGGUUCUAUUCUCAGCGAAUAGGGACGAGGUCGUCGUUGGAAGUGACAAUCUGAGAGUGAUGGGAGAAGGGGGCACCAUAUUUCGUAAAGCGGUACAAACCCCCCUUGUUAGGGCUCCUCCAGGACAAGAUCUCAGGUUGACAUCUCCCACGAGACAACUAUCCAUUUAUGCACCAAGAGGCCUAAGACUGGAAUCCCUUGGCGGUAAAAUCCACGCCGAAUCCUUCGACAACAUGACAUUUCACUCGGAAGCAGGAGCACUCAGACUGGAGUCCAAAUUCAUCCUUAUGCCCCGACUUCCAACAGCCAAGAUCAGCAAAACUAAGGUUCCGUCCAAACGGCGGAACAGCAUAUUCCAAUUGUGCGCCUGUAUGAAUGGGAAAUUGUUUUUGGCACCACCUCAUACCGUUUGUGCGACAGACGACGAGAACUUUUGCCAAUAACCCACUGAGUAGUUACUGAGCCCUGUGUAUAUCUUGUAUAGAACGUUGUUAGUGAUGAUAGAUUUAUUUGUUGGAGGUAUGUUACCUUGAUACAUUCUUUGUCAGGUAAAUUAUAUUGUUGAUUAUUUAUUUUAUUGAUGUCAGUUAAGUUUGUCGUUACAAGUUUUAAAAUUAGAAAAUUACUGCUUACUUAUAAUUUGAAUUUACAUACCGUAUAAUAUAUGUAUCAAGGUAAUUUAGAAUUUAAUACGUGCUAUAACUCGACGGUAUUAAAUUCUGUGUAUCAUCUUCCUAAAGCUUUAAAUCUAAAUAAAUAGAUUAUGUUCAUCAUCAUAAGAAAAUGAUGAUUUUUUAAUAUGAUGAUUAUUUUCAGUAAUGUAAAUAACAAUGUAUAUGUAUAAAUAUUACUGCCAAUAUUGUACAUAAAAACCAUUAAUAUGACUAGGAUUUUUUUAAAAUACCUAUAAAUAUAUUAAGUGAAUUUAUU